AAAUCGAUGCCAAAAGGAGAAAUUUGACGAGAACGAUGGAAAUGCAAAUGGACUUCGAUCGCCUUGUACUUUUCGAGCAUGCUCGGCGGAGCGCUGAAGCCACCUACGCCAAAAACCCUCACAACGCCGAGAACCUAACGAGAUGGGGAGGGGCUUUGCUUGAAUUGUCUUCAUUCCAGAGUAUUGAGGAGUCGAAAUCUAUGAUAAAAGAUGCUAUCUCGAAAUUGGAUGAAGCAUUGUUGAUUGACCCAAAGAGACAUGACGCAUUGUGGUGCAUGGGUAAUGCUCAAACUUCUUAUGCCUUUCUGACUCCUGAUAGAGAUGAAGCUAAAGGCUAUUUUGAUGCGGCUCAUACUUACUUUCAGAAGGCAAUUGAUGAGGAUCCAGGGAAUGAACUUUAUCACAAAUCAUUCGAAGUCGCUUCAAAGGCUCCUGAAUUACACGCAGAGCUUCAUAAACAAGGGUUCAAUCAACAAGUUAUGGCCUCCGGGGCUGGAGCAGGUUCAUCAACAUCUUCCAAUGCCAAGGGUCUGAAGUCACAGAAGAAUAGUGAUCUGAAGUAUGAUAUAUUUGGAUGGGUAAUUCUUGCAGCAACCAUUGUGGUCUGGAUAGGAUUUGCAAAAGCUAAUGUAUCUCCACCUUCUCCAUGACCAAGCUUAUUUUU